AUGUCAAAUAUCCUUUCAGUAUUCAAUCCACCCCCACCAAGAGACUUACCAGAAAAGGAAUACAAGUACUGCUUACCAUGUACCGCAAUCCAAUCAGCAGUGGGAAUAGGUCUCGGAACCGUGCUUAGUUCACCUAAUCAGUUCAAAGAUCCCACCACGGGCAAAAUAGAUCUUGUCAAGAACCCUCUUUGGUGGCAGCGAUCAGUGAGAAGUGCAGGUAUUGUACUUUUGGCAUUGGGAGCCUAUCGUGCUGGUGAAGUUGUACAAGCUGUGUAUCAAAAAAAAUUUUGA